CCAAGGAGGGUGGAUCAUAGGAUCAUGAGUUCGAGGCCAGCCUGGCCAGCGGGGUUGCCUUGCUGGUGGAGGUGCAGCCUGGGCUUUGGCGUCCUUGCCGAGGGGCAGCCCGUGGGUCCCAGGAGAUGGGCUGGAAGCCAGAGCCAGGCAGCAGCUGAGGAAGAACACCCUGGAGGUUGUGCGGAGGUGCCGUCGCUGCUGUCUUCAUUCCCAGGCACUUUUCUUUUUCUUUGGAGUUCCUUUUUAAGGGUGUCCUGGUCUUCACGGAGGUGCCGUAUCACUCUGAGUGCAGAGGCCGCUGCCGGAGAAGGUCUCGCCUUCCCCUUGGUGCUCUUGUCCAAGUUGCUGGUUUUGCUUGUUUGCCCCCCCCCCCCCCCAUCUGUUUUGGCCUCUGUUGGGUCUGAACUAGGUGGCCUUGGCAGCUGUCACACCCAACAGUGGGACCCUGAGAAGGGUCGAAGCUGGGGCAGGUGGGGACGUGCUGGGCACAGGGCCACCUUGCUGGGCGCCUUGGCCAGUUAGUGUCUGUUGGGAGCAGCCCCUGCCUGCAGUAUAGUUGGGGCUGCCCAUGCCUAGGGCUGGAGUGCUCAGGGCCUGAAAGACCCCCUGAGUCCUUGCCCUUCCUCAGCCAGCCCCUUGCUGUCAGCAGGCCGGGUGCAGACCCUGGCAGGCUCCUUGCGCCCCAGCUUCAGUGCAGAGCGCUUGCCCAGCUGGCUGGUGUGGGGGUGGGGGUGGUGUGUGGCCACUUGGAGCAGAAGGGGGUGGGUAGUCAGGGUUUCUGCAUUCCUGGCUUGAUGCUGGCUUUCCAGCAGCUUCCCAGCUUCCAGAUGUCCUUGCCGUUGUCUCCCGUCCUGUUUUCUCUUUUGGAGCAGGGGCCUGGGGUGGCCUUCUUUCGGUGGAGGCUUCCGGAGGAAACAGACACAAAUCCUGAAGAGCCCGUGGGUGUGGACCGUUCAUCAGUAAAGUGGAGACAUGACCUUGAGAUUUGGCUCAGACCUAGCAAUGCCGGGGCCUUCUCAAGGCUGACGUUCCAGGACGUCAGUGCCUGUUGGUGUGAACGGAGGACGCAGGGCCCCGACCAUGGUCACACUCAUCACGGAGAAGCUGCAGAGCCAGAGCCUGGAUGACCUCACCUGCAAGGCCGAGGCUGGCCCGUAUUCUGCUGAAACCCUGAACAAGAGUGGUCGUCUCUUUCCUUUGGAGCUCCGUGACGAGAGUCCCUGGAAGGCCUUAGGUGGGGGGCCGCCUUCCGGGCGCCGGGCAGCCUUGGGCCCUGAUUUCUCCUUCCUGCCGGGCCUGUCUGUUGCGCACACCAUGGGUCUCCAGUGGCGGCCAGAGUCCCCGGGCCCAGGCGCGGGCCUGGGUGCAGCCAGCACCGUGGACCCCAGUGAAGGCACAGGGUCGUCCACGGCGCCGCCCACCAAGCGUCAUUGCCGGUCUCUGUCAGAACCCGAGGAGCUGGCGCGCUGCUGGUCCCCCUGGCGCCCCGGCAGCUCCAAGGUCUGGACUCCAGUCUCCAAGAGGCGGUGCAACAGUGGUGGGAGCGCCAUGCUGCAGGGAAGCCCGGGCGCCGUCCUGCUGAGGAGUACCCUGUGGUUGGCCGGCCCCACCUCACCUGCCACGCCCCGGCCGUCCUCGGCCAGCAGCGGCUUCGUGGACAGCAGUGAGGGCAGUGUAGGCUCAGGCCCGCCCUGGUGUUCCACGGAGCCCUGCUUGCUCUCCGCGAGGCGCCGCCUGUCCCUCUCGCAGGAGCAACUCGCAGGCGCGGGCACCCCCCUGCCCUCGGCCAGCAGCAGCCCCACGUCCACCCCUGAGCUGGGCCGGCCCCGCGGGCUGCUCCGCUGCCGCUCACAGCCAUGUGUGCUCAGUGGGAAGAGGAGCCGGCGCAAACGGAGGCGCGAGGAAGACGCCAGGUGGACGCGCCCAUCCUUGGACUUCCUGAAAAUGACACGGACUUUAAAAAAUUCAAAAAGCCUUUGUUCCCUCAAUUAUGAAGAUGACGACGAGGAUGACUCUCCAGUGAAGACGGUUCAGCCUGCUCCAUGUGACUCCCGGGGCCUCCCGGCCGUCGCCAUGCCUGGCUGCAGCCAGAGGGGCUGCAGGACCAGCCCCGGCCAUUGGGCCUCGAGGGAGUCUGUGGCCGGUGAUGGCUCCAGCAGGAGCAACGGGGACCCCAGUGAUGGGGACAGUGCCGGGGAGGAGGGCGUCUUCCCCCCGGCCCGAGAGGAGCUGGACCUGGAGCAGAUCGAGAAGAACUGAGGCUGGCAGGAGCUGGUUAGGGCCGCGGGUGCCGCCCCCACCUGCCCUGGUGCACAGAGUAGGCCUCACGCUACUUUGAACACUGAGGCAUGAUUUUCAUUCUGCUUUUCCUAAAGAAGUAUUUUGCAUUUUUAUGGCUUUUGCAGUUCAGGAGAGAGCUUCUCUAUUUUGGAUGCAUUUCAAAAGGGCGUUCUAUUAAACAUGAAU